AUGCCCGUUCCUGAAAGGGCACCCCUCCAUCGGAUCUAUCACUAUGGACUAUUGAGUCUCCUCUUCCUCCACACAUCCACCGCAGCGGGGAGAUCCAGCAACGAGCAACGCGCAACAGCAAAUCCAGGCUACACUUAUGGCCAAGCUGUGCCAGUGACAUGUCUGAACCGGACGAUUCUGUUUAAAGAACAACGUACUAACGCAAUUGGCAACAGUGACUCCGGCGAACACAUCACCGACCCCCUCGGCAACCUCCAAUACAUCCCCUUUCCAACAUGCAACGAAACCUCCCAACCCUUAUCCCUGCACUACGGCGUCGCCGAACAGACUCUAACAUGCACCAUUGCCUCCCUCCCCGAUGAACUCUACCAUCUCCUAGAGUACUACGUCCACUCGGACGUCCCCAUGACAUGUCGCGUCCCCACUGCGCCCCUUCUCUCUUCAUCCUCUCCGGAUAUCGACAUCAUUGAUACCAUUGACGCCUCCGGCGAACAAGCCUACACGCCCAUCACCUUCGCCAUCCAGGGCACUCUGCAGCUAAGCCAUUUGCACAUAUGGACGGAUAUGAACGUGCUUGUGCAUAACAUGGCUAGUACGGAGAAGAAGAAGAAGCGCAAGGACCCGGAAUAUGUUGUUGCGGGCACGGCGUACAGUGUGCCCGAGUUUGAUAAUCGUGGGGCGAGGGAGCCUUGGACGGAGGGACAUGGGACGAAGGUUGUGAGGGGUGAGCCGUUGACGUUUCGGUUUAGUGUCAAGUGGGUGGAGGGGGGGAGGGGGAUUGGGUGGCCUUCUUCUGAUGGUGGGUAUGGGGAGGAGGAGGGAAGUUGUGGGGGCUGGUUCUCCAGGUUGAUGUUCUUUGGGUUUGCUGCGGCCGUUGGGGCUGUUGCGGCAGUUUAUUGGGAGAGGGUGUAUGGACGUGGACGGGGACGGGGAGAGGGAAUUCUGGGUGUGACUGGUGGUGGUGGUAGGAAGGGGUUCGGGGCGAAUGGGAAUGGGGUGAGGAUGAAUGGGUAUGGAGGGUAUUCGCCUGCUGCUGUGGGAGGAACCGGUGGUGGUAGUAGUGUAGGAGGAUGUAUGAUUGAUGCUGACGACUUUGCCUGGAUAGACGGAGAUACAAACAAAAGCCAGAUGCAGACGCAAGAUGCAGAUAUACUACCAUUCAUGUAG